UCACCCGCUACCCCAGCUCUCAGGGAAGAUAUAUGUAGGGACAACCCACUGGUUGAAUCAACGUUAUUGUUUCCACGUAAUUUCAACGUUGAACCAACGUGGAAUAUACGAUGGAAUAUACGAUGAAUUGACAUCUGUACCCAGUGGGAAGGCUAAGUUCCAGAACGCACUGAGAACUGUCAAGUCAAGCCUUUUGCUUUCAUUUCCAUAUUAUGAAAGACAAUAGCGCCGGCAGCAGUGCUUAUUACUGCGCAUUUGAGGUGUGCGCCAUUCGGGUCACUGAAUCUCUUUUUGACUUUCUAUUAUGACGAGUCGCCGACGACAACACAACGGAACGCACCUCAGCAGUAGAAGAUGAUGGUUAAAGCUAUGUAAAAUAUUCCCAUUCUCGUCGGGUAAAGCGAUGCCUAGGCUACUGACGGAGAACCAUGAUUUGCAGAGGAUAUAUUUUGGAUAGUCUACUUUGCGAGAGCAAGAGUGUGUGGCUGUCUGUCAAGCAUGGAGUCGCUUUGGCGCGCUAAAGCAUCUUGGAUGAGAUGAUUGUCAGUUAUUUCACGUAGCGAAGCGAACACCAAACAAGGCUCACAGCUACAAAAAUCCACAUUUGUAGCGGACUUCAGAAAGACAGGUAGGGUGCGCGCCCACCGGUUGCUGUGAUGAAACCCUCUCCGGGCAACGGGGUGAACCACCAGACUCAUCGAGAAGAAUUGGUGUCCAACGGAGGCUGCGGAAUGUCAGACACCGUGACAGCUGUCCAAACCGACACUGGUCCCGGAUCGCCCAUGACUGACAAGCCGGGAGCAGGAGGAGAUACAGACGCCAAAGGAAUCCCGCGGCAGAGCAGUAUUAUCAAGGAUGGUUCUCGUGCUGGUCAUGAGAGGAAGAAGACGGUCUCCUUCAGCAGCAGUCUCUCUGAGAGGAAGAUCAGCAGCGCUGCAGACUGCAUCAGUGCUAUGGUGAGGGGUACUGAGCUGCGGAAGGUGCGCUCCAACUCACGGGUCUACCAACGCUACUACCUGCUGGAGUCAGGUCUGCAGUUCCUGCGAUGGGAGCCCUCCAAGAAGGAGUCAGACAAGGCCCGCAUCGCCGUCUCCUCCAUCAGAGAGGUCCGCACCGGCCGCAACACAGAGACAUUUAGGACCAACGGCAUCUAUGACCAGAUCUCUGAGGACUGUGCCUUCUCUAUCAUCUACGGAGAGACCUAUGAAGCUCUGGACCUGGUAGCUAACUCUGCAGAGGUGGCCAACGUUUGGGUAACUGGCCUGAGGUAUCUGAUUCUGUAUGGGAAGCAUGCCAUGGACAUGAUAGCCAGCAGUGAGGACAGCCUUCGUCUCGUCUGGCUAGCAGAGAUGUUUUCCUCUAAGGUUGUUUCAAAUGGACUCGGUGGAAGAGAGGAGGAGGGGAUCAGUUUGCGGUCGGCUGUAGGACUGAUCAAGAGUGUUAACCCUGGAGUGAGAAGUGGGAAAGUAGAACGCAGGUUUAAGGAGCUCCAUCGAAUCAAAGAGAGGACGAGGGGGGCUCGGACAACUGGAGUUCGAACUGAUGUUGGGGCUGUGGCUGGACCUGAAGCAAUGGUUGGGACUUCAGUUGUAGCUGGAGCUGGGACUGGUUCUGGGGAUGGAAUUGAGGUGGUGGGUAAAGGAGAUGGGGCUGGGACUAGAACUGAGGUGGUGGGUAAAGGAGAUGGGGCUGGGACUAGAACUGAGGUGGUGGGUAAAGGAGAUGGGGCUGGGACUAGAACUGAGGUGGUGGGUAAAGGAGAUGGGGCUGGGACUAGAACUGAGGUGGUGGGUAAAGGAGAUGGGGCUGGGACUAGAACUGAGGUGGUGGGUAAAGGAGAUGGGGCUGGGACUAGAACUGAGGUGGUGGGUAAAGGUAACACAGACAACAGAAGAGGAGAAAUAGAGGACAGGGUCACCAAGGAGGAGUUCAUUGAGGUAUUUCACGAACUUUGCACCCGACCGGAGAUCUACUUCCUGCUUGUGCAGUUCUCUAGCAACAAGGAGUUCCUGGAUACCAAAGAUCUGAUGAAGUUCCUGGAGGCUGAGCAGGGCGUGGCUCAGGUGACUGAAGACACCAGUCUGGAGCUCAUUCAAUCCCACGAGCCGUCGGAGGAGGGCCGUCGCCAGGGCUGCCUCUCAUUGGACGGUUUCACCAGCUAUCUUACCUCCCUGGAGUGCCACCUGUUUGACCCGGAGCACAGCCAGGUGUGCCAGGACAUGAGCCAGCCCUUAUCCCACUACUACAUCAACUCCUCCCACAACACCUACCUCAUCGAGGACCAGUUCAGGGGGCCCGCUGACAUCACCGGCUACAUCCGGGCUUUAAAGAUGGGCUGCAGGUGUGUGGAGGUGGACGUGUGGGACGGCCCUGACGACGAACCCGUGGUUUAUACUGGUUACACCCUCACCUCGCCUGUCCUGUUCCGCUGUGUCCUGGACGUGAUUGGGUGCUUUUCAUUCGCAGCGUCAGAGUGUCCUCUAAUCCUGUGCUUGGAGAACCACUGCUCCCCCUGCCAGCAGAGAGUCAUGCUCCAGCACCUGAGGAGGAUCCUAGGGGAGAGGUUGUACACGGAGCCCCUCAGGGAAGGGGAGGGGUACCUGCCCUCGCCCCAUGCCCUGAGGGGCAAGAUCCUGCUGAAGGGGCAGAAGUUGAAGGAGGGGUGUGGUGAGACAGAGGGGGAUGUGACUGAUGAAGACGAGGGGGCGGAGAUGUGCAAGAGGAUGAAGGCUGGUAAAAGUGAAGGAGGAGGAGGGGAGGGGGGACAGAAAGGUGGCGGGGGGGGUGUUACUAGUAGUGUGAAAACCCUGACCCCUGCUCCUCCCUCUAAACGGUUCCAGCUUCUGAAGGAGCUCUCGGACUUGGUGACUCUGUGCAAGUCGGUACGCUUCACGGACUUCCAGAAGUCUUUCUCAACCCAGAAACCCUGGGAGUUCUGCUCGUUCAACGAGACCCUAGCGGUGCGCUGCGCCAGCGAGCGCCCGGGAGACUUUGUCAACUACAACAAGCGCUUCCUGUCGCGGGUCUACCCCAGCGCCAUGCGCAUCGACUCCAGCAACAUGAACCCACAGGACCUGUGGAAGUGCGGUUGCCAGAUUGUGGCUAUGAACUACCAGACGCCCGGCUUGAUGAUGGACCUAAACAUCGCUUGGUUCCGCCAGAACGGGAAUUGUGGGUACGUGCUGCGACCCACCAUCAUGCGACAGGAGGUUUCAUAUUUCAGCGCCAAUACAAGAGAAUCUGUGCCGGGUGUGUCCCCUCAGCUGCUCCAUGUUAAGGUGAUCAGUGGUCAGAACCUGCCCCGUCCGAGUGGUUCUGGAGCUAAAGGAGAUGUGGUGGACCCGUACGUCUACGUGGAGAUCCAUGGAAUCCCUGCCGACUGUGCCGAGCGCCGCACCCGCACGGUGGUGGAGAACGGAGACAACCCCAUCUUUGACGAAAGCUUUGAGUUCCAGAUCAACCUGCCCGAGCUGGCCAUGGUGCGCUUCGUGGUGCUUGAUGAUGAAUUCAUAGGGGACGAGUUCAUAGGUCAGUAUACCAUUCCCCUGGAGUGCUUACAGCCAGGCUACCGGCACGUACCAUUACAGUCUCUGAUGGGGGAGGACCUCCCGUACGCCCGGCUGUUCGUCCAUGUGGCUCUCACCAACCGGAGAGGAGGGGGCAAGUCCCACAAGCGGGGGCUGUCUGUGCGAAAGGCGAGGCGAGGGAGGGAGUAUGCUGCACUCAGGGACCUGGGGGUCAAAGCCUUGGAUGAUGUUUUCAAAAUGGCGGCCCCGUCAUUGAAGGAAGCCACAGACAUGCGGGAGAACAUGCAGAACUCGGUGGCAGUGUUCAGGGAUCUGUGUGGGGUGUCAGCGGUGGCUAACCUCAUGCAGUGUGUGUUGGCCCUGGGGGCCCGAGUUGCGGGGGCUGACGGGGCCCCCCUGCUGCUGUUUGAGCUGAAGGAGCAGUACCCCUCCAUGGAGUCUCAGGGGCCCCUGCCGGACGUCCUACGCAGGGUGGUGUCCACUUACGAAAUGAUGAUCCAGGCGAGCAGAGCGGUGAUCGAGCUGUCAGACGGAGUCUACGACAGGAUCCUACAGAUACAGACAACAGCCAUGGAGUUCCAUGAGAAGUUAAAGCCCAUGGCAGUGAAGGAGGGGCUUAAAGGUCGUAAGGUCACCAGAGCGGUGGAGAGUUUCAGCUGGAACAUCACCAUAUUGAAGGGGCAGGCAGACCUGCUGAAACGGGCUAAGACGGAGGUGCAGGAGAACAUAAAGCAGGUCUACUACGCUGCCCUGACCUCUAACCUCAGUAAGGGCGGGACAGGAGAGACAACCCACACCCGGCGCAGCCUGGACGCCCUUCCUUCAAUGUCGGGUACAGCUCCGGCAAGAAGUUUCCCUUAGGCACAGACAGGUCUAGGAACAGUUUACCUGUCUGAAAUUAUAUAUUGAACCAUAAGGGGGAAAUGUAAAAUCUGACCGUAUGUCAGUUUCUAAGGGCACAAUCGUCCUAUUCUGAGGAUUGGCAGGGUAAUAAGAAGUUGCUACAUACGUUCUAUAGUGAUAGGCUCCUUCUGCAUCUCAUCCGGGGGCUGCUGGAGAUUAGUCUGCCAUUUUCUCCACACAACGAUGAGGAGGAAGGAAGAUGGACUCAGUUGAAGAGAAAAACUCCCGUUAUAGCACUGCCAGGAGGGAGGAGUAAUGUCGAAGACACUGGAGACAGGAAUGUAGAGAGGAAUGAAGGAAUGAGGUCUGAGAGAAAGAGAGAGAGAGACAAUCAGACUGCCCUGUCCCCUACUUUGUAUGCAGCUGUAAAUAAGAAAUGUUUAAUCCUGCUCUCUCUGGGGCCGAUUCAGACCCGAGUUAUGCACUUGUAAAUGGAACUUAAUUCCCUUUUUAUGCGCUUUUCUCAAAAACAUAUUCUGACCUUGAAUUUAAAAAAUGUUUCAGCCAGGUAUUCUUUCAGGGUGGAGAUCAGAGAAAUGAAUAAAUAAAAAAACUGAAAUAUCACAUUUACAUAAGUAUUCAGAUCCUUUACUCAGUGCUUUUUGAAGCACAUUUGGCAGUGAUUACAGUAUUGAGUCUUCUUGGGUAUGACGCUACAAGCUUGGCACACCUGUAUUUGGGGAGUUUCUCCCAUCCUUCUCUGCAGAUCCCCUCAAGCUCUGUCAGGUUGGAUGGGGAGCAUUGUUGCACAGCUAUUUUUAGGUCUCUCCAGAGAUGUUCGACCGGGUUCAAGUCCGGGCUCUGGCUAGGCCACUCAAGGACAUUGAGACUUGUCCCGAAGCUACUCCUGCAUUGUCUUGGCUGUGUGCUUAGGGUUGUUGUCCUGUUGGAAGGUGAACCUCCACCCCAGUCUGAAGUCCUGAGUGCUCUGGAGCAGGUUUUCAUCAAGGAUCUCUCUAUACUUUGCUCCAUUCAUCUUUCCCUCAAUCCUGACUAGUCUCCCAGUCCCUGCCUCUGAAAAACAUUCCCACAGCAUGAUGCUGCCACCACCAUGCUUCACCGUAGGGAUGUUGCCAGGUUUCCUCCAGACUUGAUGCUUGGCAUUCAGGCCAAAGAGUUCAAUCUUGUUUUUAUCAGACCAGAGAAUCUUGUUUCUCAUGGUCUUUUUUGCCUUUUGGCAAACUCCAAGUGGGCUGUCAUAUGCCUUUUACUGAGGAGUGGCUUCUGUCUGGGCACUCUACCAUAAAGGCUGGUGGUGGAGUGCUGCAGAGAUGGUUGUCCUUCUGGAAGGUUCUCCUCAGAAGAACUCUAGAGCACUCUAGAGCUCUAUCAGAUUGACCAUCAGGUUCUUGGUCACCUCCCUGACCAAGGCCCAUCUCCCCCGAUUGCUCAGUUUGGCCAGGCGGCCAGCUCUAGGAAGAGUCUUGAUGGUUCCAAACUUCCAUUUAAGAAUGAUGGAGUCCACAGUGUUCUUGGAGACCUUCAAUGCUGCAGACAUUUUUUGGUACCCUUCCCCAGAUCUGUGCCUUGACACAAUCCAUUCAUGGAACUCUACGGACAAUUCCUUUGAUCUCAUGGCUUGGUUUUUGCUCUGACAUGCACUGUCAACUGUGGGACCUGUCAACUGUGGGACCUUGAAAGGCACAGGUGUGUGCCUUUCCAAAUCAUGUCCAAUCAAUUGAAUUUACCACAGGUGGACUCCAAUCAAGUUGUAGAAACAUAUAAAGGAUGAUCACUGGAAACAGAAUCCACCUGAGCUCAAUUUCGAGUCUCAUAGCAAAGGGUCUGAAUACUUAUGUAAAUAAGGUUUAAUUUCUUUAUACAUUUCUAAAAACCUGUUUGCUUUGUCAUUAUGAGGAAUUGUGUGUAGUUUGCUGAAGAUAUUUUUUAUUUCAUCCAUUUUAGAAUAAGGCUGUAACGUAACUAAAUGUGGAAAAAGUCAAGGGGUCUGAAUACUUUAUGAAGGCACUGUAUGCUGUUUUCUUACCUUAAUUCCACCAAUUUACGUGCGAGGAAAGGAUGGGUCGAGCAACCUGUCAGUUCCAGGUGGAACAACAUCUACUUCAUUUUUCCUGAUACAAAUAACACCAUUCUCCACACAAUGUAAUUUACAAAUUGAUAAGAGCUAUUGAUUUGAUCUACGUAAAUGAGUAAACCAUUUGGAUAAGGGGAUAGUAAAUAUAAAUGACAAUUGUUUAGAACUAUUUUACCUUGUUGAUCACUCCAGAUGAAUGUGAAACCAGUCAUAUGUCAGUAAACUGAAGCAUAUCAACAUUUCAACAUAUCAACUUUUCCACAGUGAUUUUGAUGAAAUGCUGGCCUUAUAACUUGCAGGGAUGAAAUGUGGAGACUCAAGCUAUAGGCUUCUGUAGCCAUGCGCAAAUAAUAGUAUAGCGCCAAACCUACCGAGUUGAUUUAUAGAAUGUUUUAAUUAUAUGCCCCGACUUCUCACCGUAUUUUCUACAAUUUGUAUUGUGUUAAAUAUUAGCCACUAUCGGUAGCCACCGUCCGUUUUACCCACAUACAUUUAUCUGUCACUUUAAUCUUAGUUUCCUUGCAUUUUGCAUCAUUCCAUUCCAUUGUUAGUGUACCUUUUAUUUCCUAUGUCACGUUCAUGUGGUAGUUCCUAAGGAUUGCUAGCAAUAGUGGAUCACAUAAGGCUAAAGUAUUACAAGUUGUGCAAUAAUUUGGGCUCUGUAGCCUAUUUGAAUCAUUAUGGAACGCAGAGCAUACAUAGUAGUUUAAACCUGGAACCUGUUUGUACGGUUCACGACGACUGAACUGUUGUCAUCACAGUUCCAUGACAAAUACCAACAUGGUCAGUGAGGAUUAUUAGGGUAGAUUUAUAGAACUACUGUUCCAACCCCUAUUGGGUUUCUCACCUUCCAAUAUUUAAUGGAUUGAACAAUUUGAGUAUGGAAACUUUCAGGAUGAAUCAAAGCACAAUUUUUGAUUCACCAAUAUAUUUUGUGCAUAAAAGACAUCCAAAUGUUUUUUUUUUUCUCCCAGAAAUACUUUCCUAACCCUAAAUAAUAUGCAAUGAUCAGAGUAUUUUUAAAUCUACCAACUGGUGCUGAAAAGGAGACGUGUAUUUACAUGGCUUUCUUUCAUUAAUCCCUAAUAUUCUGAACAGUUCUCUCCAUAUAUUGUCUGCUGAGAAAAUUCUAAUUAAAGGUAAAUUUUAAAGGGGUGGCUUUAGAUAAAUGUACUGAAAACUCCACAAGAAAAUCUGUUGGUCAGCCAGUGGGAGGCUUUUCAGCUGUGUAAUUACAUUUAUUCACCGUGCGUAAGGGAACCACACCUGCAAAGCCAAUUACGCACCUACAUAAGGUAAGUCUGAAUACCAACUACUGACAAGUGAGUAGGAAAGGGGUGCGUAGGAAAAGCGUACAUUUCCUAUGUCUGAAUCGGGCCCUAUGUGCAUUGUUUGUUACUCUUGAUUUGUGUUUAUUUUGGGGUGAGUGAAGAGAGGGUUUUCAGGGUCAUUCAACUAUACAGUCCCUUCAGAAAGUAUUCACACCCCUUGAUUUUUUUCAACAUUUUGUGUUACAGCCUCUAUUUAAAAUUGAUUCAAUUUAGGACACUACCCAUCCUGACAACUUGGCCCUGAAGCUUUUGGACAUUUCAUUUCUGUACCUUAUUGUGAAAUGAUGUGUAGCUUCCAGAAGCUUUAAAAUGAGGGCCAGAUUGUCAGGAUGGGUAGUGUACUGUAUGAGUACACAUUAAUUACAAGUAAGCACCCUUCAAGAUACACUUCAUUUUAACUAGCUAAAUCCUGUGUAACAACUAGUAAUUACAUUGUACUUAGGCAAACAUUACAUGUACUAUGCUUUGAAAGUGUUUUUCCACAUCUGGGAAGCCACCCAAAUUAGAUCCCAGUCAUUGAGUUUGACCUACUGAUCUGUUUUAACCUGAUCAACCAAGUUAACCCAGAUGGUACACGUUAUUUUGGGGUCAAGUGCUAGCAACAACACUGAGCAGAGAUAUAGUUUGAACAGUGCAUAUUCAAGGCUAAGUAAUUAGAGCCUAUUGAGCACAAGCUAUAAUCUCUCAGACACCCAGCACAUCCAUGAGGGAUCACAACCUGAGAGACAGUUGUUACUGUAUGCAGCUGAGAAGAAGCCAAACACUAAGUUGGUGAAUUUGCCCAUUUGUAACAUGCAUGGUAACAAGUAUUCAUUGUUACACCCUUGUAUUUACACACUGUUGUUAGUUAACCACAGUACUUGUUACACUGUAAUAAGGACCCCUUCAAACUAAGUGUUACCAGAAAAAGGGGUGUGAAUAUUUUUGGACGGCCUGUAGCACAAAGUGAAACUGACAGAAGUGUGUGUGCUUCAGGAGGCUGAUACAGAAUGUGUGAAUGCUACUGAUAUCUAAUAAUAAAAUAUGCCAUUUAGCAGACGCUUUAAUCCAAAGCAAUUUACAGCAGUGCGUACAUACAUUUUCAUAUGGGUGGCCCCGGCUGGAAUCAAACUCACGAUACUGAAGUUGCAAAGGCCAGCAGUCUACCAACAGCCACUGAGAUGUGUUAAACACAUGUUUCAUUUCUGAAUUGGGUUAGGGUCAGAUAUGGACUGUCAAUGGGAUGCUGGUCAGAAAAGGCACUUAGCAAUUUGACUGCUAUGAGAAUAAGCUAUGGUCAGAAGGUCCAAGCAUGUUCUACUCAUCCUAAUUCUAUGGAUGUCUAUAUUGGUAGCUUGUUCUCAUAGCAGUCAAAUUGCUAUGGUCAGAAGGUCCAAGCAUGUUCUACUCAUCCUAAUUCUAUGGAUGUCUAUAUUGGUGGCAUAGUGUUAAUGUAACUCAACCAGACAGUGUUAAUGAUUCAACUAUCAAAAACAACGUAACAGUAUUUCAAGUUAUCCUUCCAUGGCACUUUGACCACUGCUUUAUGGUGUUGUAUGUCACGUUAUUUUAAUAUCUGCUUUUAUCCUCAUUGAGUAAAAUAUUACUGAAUUUUUACAAAAUGGUCAUUUACAAUCAUUGGCCUUUUGUUUUAAGUCAGUGUGACAAAUCCGCCUGCACUGAGGGAUGAGCAUUGCUUAGAUGCUACCUGUCGAAAGACACUGGUUAGCGUCUUGAAAACCUGUUUUUCACCUGAUGUUGUAAGACAAGUUGUCUCUUGAUAAAUUGACAUCAAUAUCUCCUCCAAACCAUACCCAUUAGAUGUAUUACCAGACCCAAACUAGGUCGCAGUUUUUCUUCAACUGGCCUACCUGGUUAAAUAAAGACUAAAUAAAAAACUAUAUGCAAAUAAACCAGUUCAUUUAUAAA